AAUGAAAGGAUUUUUGUAAAAAUUAAUGGGUUAACUUAAAUAGGAACCUAAUUUAACUCAGGCUGGAUAAUUCUUUAAAAAAGUUAGUGGGACUAAUACUUAGAAGUAGAAUGCAAAUAAUCCUCACAUAGUUGAUAAAAUCGAACAAUUGAAUAGAAUCAUAAUUUAAGGGAAAUAAAGAGAUUUUUUGAUGUUGAGAAUUAGAUAAGUAAUUACAGAGGCAUAAUUGGGACAUAACAUAUCUCCAAAGCUAUAAGAUGCUUGUGAAGUAGUGCAUUAUGCAUUAUUAAACAAUAUUCCUGUUUUAAUAUCCAAAGUAAAAUUAGUGCAUCCAGAAUUUGAUUUAUCAGAUUAAGUAAUUUUAUGAAUUAAUGAAAUAGAAAAUAGUUGAUGAAAGAGAGUUUGAAAAGCAAAGUGUCGAGGAGAAUCCUGAAUUAAAAUCAGAAAUUGAAGUUGACACUUUUGCAAAUAAAGAUUAAACUGAAUAUUAUGAAAAUUAAAGGCAUAAAUGGAAAUAACAAUAAAACAAAAAAAGAUGA